AUGAACGCCGACACGGACACAGCCCAACUCGGUCUGCCGACGUCGUAUCAAGCGCUCACGUCGUCGACGCUCAGCAGUUUCAAGAGCAGUGCACUGCGCUCGUCCCGAAUCGAUCUUGACCGGUACUCGAGCAUGGCCGCGCCUUAUGGACCGGCGGACCCCGUUGCCAGUACUUAUUUCCAAGUGAACAUCAGCAAAGCCAAGGCCCCCAUCAUGUGCGGCGACGCUGGACCUGUCAAGGGCAAAGCCAUUUACGCCGAACGAGAUUUGCCCAAAGCUACUCGGAUUUGGACCGAAUCGCCGCUCGUGGCCAUGCAACACGAGCACAAUCGUCGUCUCUUGCCCUGCUGUCAGUUUUGCUACUUGCCGCUCUUGGGCGACGCCCAGCAGCAGUGGCACGACAUUGUCACGCGGUAUAAUGUGGCUCAGGCUCACAAGGGGACGUCAGUGGACUCGGAAGCCGGAAGGACGAAUGACAAGACAAUGACUCGAGAACAGACUGAGGUGGUGGACGUUGAUGCACUGAAGACAACGCUGCAGCUGUUGCGGAUCACGCCCGAAAGCUGUGGCAUGGCGGACCCUGGAGCCAAAUGUGCGUGUGGCGAGCUCUACUGCUCAAAAUUGUGUCGGAUGCGAGCGCUCCAUGAAUACCAUGCUAUCCUUUGCCCUCGCAAGGAUCCGUGCUCGGCCAUGGGCGUGUUCCUUGAGCAUACACGCCACACGAACGAUAUUUUCUACCUUGCAGUGAAGGUGAUCGCCCGCGUGCUGUCACGGUAUCUCGUGUGGCGAGACAUUGUGAAAGCGCGUGAGCCGAUCGAUAUGUUUUACAAGAAGCCUUGGUGGGAGGUCGUUGUUGUGGAGCACGAGGAAUCGGUACCGCUGUCGCACGAGUGGUAUAGCAGCGAGGAAACGUCUGGUCCGGUUACGACUAGUGGCAGCGAUGAUACAAACAGUGACGACGGAGGCAGCAGCAGCAAUGACGACGGCUUCCCGAGUGAAGAAAAGAGUGCUUACCAGAAACAGAGCACUGCUUUGCCGAAUGCUACCGGCUAUACCGCCUCACAGGCUCACAACGCACGACAGGUACAGACACAAGCAAAGAAUAAGAAAGAACGAGAGUCAACGGUAGAUGGUGGCACUCCGACAAAAGCAUCUACGAAGGCGCAGUGUUUGCAGGAGGUGCUGAAGAUGACGCAUGAGUUGCUCAUUGACGCACUGGAGUGCAAUUUGGUGCGGCUGGAGCGGGAAGGUCAGCUGCGUGGUGUUACGGUCGAAGAAAUCUGGCGCUGUUGCUCGAGCGUAUUGAGCCUUGAGUUUUUCACGGCACAGAUUGGUCUCUUUGAGAUGAACAAUAUCAGUAUGGAGGUGGACCAUCCCUUUCGCGCCUUCAUCGACAUCCUGGACCCCGAUGUUCAGCACGAAGUGGCCGUGGGCGAGAGUACCGACAAAGUCAGCAGCAAAUCUCCAAGGUUACAGCCACAGCUAAACACUAGAGAUCAGGCUCUUGUUGCUGGCGUGCGACGCGUGCUAGAAUGGGAGGAAAAGCGCUUACAAAGGCUGCAGGCGCAGGAACGCCUGCAACGGAGCGCUGGCAAAGUGAAUCAUGACUUUGAUCCGCCUCUAGGCUACACUGGCAUUGAAGGCACUGCGCUCUUUCCGAUCAUCUGUACAAUGAAUCACAGUUGCGAUCCGAACUGCACUGUAUUGUACACAAAGAACGGCGACGGCCACGUCGUGGCCAUACGUGACAUCGAGAAAGGCGAAGAGCUUUGCAUCUGCUAUAUUGACGUUGACAUGGAUGUGCAGUCGCGGGAGGCGAAUUUGCGCGAGUACAAGUUCAAGUGCUACUGCCCGCGAUGUGUGAACGAGCGGCAACAAUAUGAGCGACAUCGACCAGCGCAAGGCGCAAAUUCUGUAUCCGGGCAGCUGGCUCGACGCUCCAUUUCCGAGAACCAGCGGCAGUUCAAGAAACCAAAGAACAAACGCAGCGAUCAGGGGCAGUGA